AUGAAGAGACAGAACCAGAGCACAGUUGCUGAGUUCAUCCUCAUAGGCUUCUCAAAUCUGGGGGAUCUGCAGAUCCUUCUCUUCUUUAUCUUCCUAUUAAUCUAUCUGACCACUCUGAUGGCCAAUGCCACAAUCAUGACUGUAAUUCACCUGGACAGGGCGUUGCACACUCCUAUGUACUUUUUCCUCUUUGUCCUUUCCUGCUCUGAAACAUGCUAUACUUUGGUCAUUGUACCCAAAAUGCUAACCAACCUGCUCUCCAAAAUUCCAACCAUUUCUUUCUCUGGGUGUGCUGCCCAGCUCUAUUUCUUUGUGGGCUUGGCUUGUACCAACUGUUUUCUCAUUGCCGUGAUGGGCUAUGACCGCUAUGUUGCCAUCUGCAACCCUCUCAACUACACACUCAUUGUCAGCCGAGCCACCUGCAUGCGGUUGGUUCUAGCCUCCAGCUUUUGUGGUUUCCUGACCUCUGUGGUUGUGAACAUCCUGGUGUUCACUGUGCCUUUCUGUGCCUCCAACAGGAUCAACCACUUUUUCUGUGACAUUUCCCCUGUUAUAAAACUAGGCUGCACAGACACCAACCUGAAAGAGAUGGUUAUCUUCUUCCUCAGCAUCCUGGUAUUGCUGGUUCCCCUUGUGUUGAUCUUCAUCUCCUAUGUCUUCAUUGUUUCCACCAUCCUCAAGAUCUCUUCAGCAGAGGGACAGCGUAAAGCUUUUGCCACCUGUGCCUCCCACCUUACGGUGGUCAUUGUGCACUAUGGCUGUGCUUCCUUUAUCUACUUGAGACCCACAUCCCUGUACUCCUCAGAUAAGGACCGGCUUGUAGCAGUGACCUAUACUGUGAUCACCCCACUACUCAACCCCCUUGUGUACACACUGAGAAAUAAAGAAGUGAAGCUGGCUCUGAGAAAGGUUCUCAGUAGAUACUCAUUUCCAAAAACUGUAUGA